ACUUGCAAUAAUUGCAAAACUAACAAAACACCAUUAUGGAGGAGAGAUCCAGAAGGAAAUCCAUUAUGUAAUGCGUGUGGAUUAUUCUUGAAAUUACAUGGUGUUGUUCGACCACUUAGUUUGAAAUCUGACGUUAUCAAGAAAAGGAAUAGA